AUAAGGCAUCAUUCAUCGACUUUGUUGCUAUGGCAGUGUAAACAAGAUGGAGGACGACAGGGGUGCAAGCUUUCCGAGUGAAAUCGGGGACGAGUUUCGCACUUUUGAGGACUAUUUGGAUACUCAAAUUAAACCUUUGGAUCUAUAUUACCUUCAGGAUCAGGAAGUGGCCCGCCAGCUGGUGGAGCUGGGCCACAAGGGUAGCAGUUUGGAGAGGGAGGAAUUUGAGACAAUGAAAGCAGCUGCCGUGGCCUCCAGGCUUGCUUCGAAGAGCCAACAGAAGAAGCUGGCAAAUGCAGGAAAGGAACUCAAAGAUAACUUCCUGAGAGCCAUGGCAGAGCGGGAGGAGGCAAACCGCAGCGGGGAAAUGAAUUCCAUCAUUUUCAUAAGGGACAGAAAUUCUCAUGGACAUGAAAUAUCUGGCUACAUAGACUACUCCCACCGACUAAAAACCGAAGACUUUGAACCAUAUUUUAGCGGAAAGAAAAGACUUUUGCCAAGACCAACUGACUUGAGGCAUCACCUGGUGACAGCUCUGUCCGAAUUCCUGUCCAGUCUGACCUAUAUGUACAUGUUGUCUUUUAUGACCACAUCCUCAGAAAACCCUGAAGCAGUUCCUGUUCACCACUCUACAAUUAAAUAUGUAUUAAAAAGCACUUGAAGUCUCUAAUUUCAUCUACAUAAAAACUGUUUUAGUCUUACAUCCUUAUGCCUUCAUGUUGCGCACACAUCUGGAUAUGUUGAUGAGACUUGGGUUUUUAUAUUUACGACCCACAAAACAGAGUAAAGUUUUGUAUUGAUACAGUUGUGAUAUUAUUAUUUACUGGAGCAUUUAAUAAUGUUGUAGUUGCAUCUACUGCAACCAAAGAACACGCCAUGUGCACGCCAUUCUUUUAACUCUCAGAAACGUCUGA